AUGAGUAGCAGUUUGUUUUCUCUUUCUAGCAAGGUAGCAGCUAUUUCCGGCUGUACGCGAGGUAUCGGCCGUGAUAUGGCUAUAGCAUUAGCAGAAGCUGGCGCCGAUGUCUGUUUGUUACAGCGAAAUACACAAGACUUCAGUGUAUAUAACGAGAUUGUUGCUUUGGGCCGUCAAUGCCAUAUCGUUCCUUUGGAUGUCAAUGACCAAGCCAGCGUUAAAAAGUGUAUUCCCUUAGUCCUCGAGAAAUUCGAUGGUAGAUUGGACAUUUUGGUAAAUAAUGCAGGCAUCACCAAGCGAAACCCUGCUGUCGACUUUUUGGAAGACGAUUGGGAUUCUGUUAUUCAAUGCGACCUGAAGUCUGUAUUUACCUUGGCCCAAGCUGCGGGCAAGCAUAUGGUGGCACAAAAGUCUGGUAAGAUCAUCAACACUGCUAGUUUAAUGAGUUAUCAAGGCGGCAUCCAUAUUGUUGCCUAUGCAGCAGCCAAAGGCGGCGUUGCUACAUUGACCAAAGCACUGGCAAAUGAAUGGGCACAACACAAUGUCAAUGUCAAUGCCAUUGCACCAGGUUACAUUGCUACUGACAUGACAAGUGCACUGAGAAACGAUGAAACUCGCAAUCGCGAUCUUUUGGCUCGUAUUCCAGCACAGCGUUAUGGAACGCCUCAAGAUCUGAAAGGUCCUCUAGUAUUCUUGGCCAGUCAGGCUAGUAAUUACGUUAACGGAGAACUGCUUGUUGUUGACGGUGGCUGGAUGGGCCGAUAA